AUGAGUCCCUCAGCUAUCGUUGAGGCCAACAACAUGGCCGCUCAAUCAACUUUUUCCUACGCACAGGCUGCGAAGGGCAAGGGCACUAUCACUGCCUCAAAUAACGCUGCUUCUGCUGACGCAGUUGCUCCCAUCCAAGAUGACCAGGCCCCUGCAGCUGAUACUGACACUGCCGCUCCCGUAGGGGACGCACAAACGGACGCACCUUUGGCUGAGCAGGUGACUUCCGAAGCUCCUGAAACCGUUGGGCCUCAGACAGCAGUGACAGAAAAACAUGAUACCGAGAGUGUUCCUGGGUCUGAGAGCGAUGCCCGCUCCGAGUCUACACAAAGCAGACGAACCGAGUCAAGGCGUGAGGAUGAUACUGGAAGGUUGGAUCGUCCCUGGCGACGUAACGACAAAACGCCAAGGUCAUCAAGCAAUGCUACAAGGUCUGUCGACGAGCAGGACUCCCGAAAGGCUAGGCGAGGUAAGAAGGGCAAGGCCUCCGAGAAACAAGCUGGCGAACAAGCGACAGACAAGGAACAAGAGACGGCACCCGAACAACCAAAGGUUGAACUUGCCGAAGCACCCAUUCCUAGCGUCAACAUUUGGCACAAGCGAAAGGAGGCCCGUCAAGCAAAGUCCACCAAGCCUUCCCCCACACCUGCGGAAGCUACAACAAACGGUACUUCAAGCCAGAAGGACGAGAAGAAGAUGGAAUCGUCUCCUGCACCUCUCACAAAUGGCGUCAAGUCUCAUCAAAGGCAGGCCAGCACUGUCCGAGCAGAGCGAAAUGGUCCUCGGGGCUCGCGAAUGAAUGAAAAGGAUGGCAAGAGCGAAGUCCCCCCAUCUGUCGAUGACUCUACGGCAUGGCCUACUCCCGAGACAGCUAUAUCUACCAUUAAGGAGGAUAGCAAGAAGAAGGCCACCGACAAAACGCCUGAGAGAUCCGACCGCUCUGAUAAGGACAGCCAAGAGGAUAGUAGCUCGUCGAAAGCUCGUCGAUGGGUCAGCAUCAACUACGUUCCCACAGUCAACUUCGAGACUCAGCUUCCUCAAAUUCGCAACUCCAAGCCUCGCGGCGGUGCUCGUGGUAGUCGUGAUGCUACCAACCGAGCCUCAAUCAAUGGCGUUGCUGAGAAAUUGACAUCUGCCUCCCUUGCGAACAGGGCCAGCGACAACAAGGCCCGUGACGCCUCUAACAACGCCGCAUCACAGCCAAGCACCAAGCGUGGAUCUGUCGAUAUUGCCAAUGGUCAGAAGAAGGCUUCAACCAAUGCAAACUUUGAUAAGGCCAAGGAUCCUUCUGCUCAAACUUCGGAAGCUCCUCAAGCUUCCCGCGAUCGUCCUGAAGGCCGUGGUGAGCGAGGUCGCGGCGGCUACCGUGGACGUGCUCAUCACGGCCAUUCCCAGUCCCAGCAUGCUAUCUCUGGAUCUGGGUAUCACGGCCAAGGUGCCAAUGCUUCCCGAACUCAGGGCUACAGUCCUCCUAUGCGACAAGGUGGCCAUGGCGGCAGCUUCACGCCUUCUUCUCAGCGAGGCCGUGGCCGCAAUGGCGCUAACAAUUUCCACCGUAUGUCUGCGCCUAGCGGUGGUAACCGCAUGCCUGUGGUACAGCCUCAGUUCGCUCCCGUCGAGUACUCUAUGGGCGUCCCUAUGGAUGCAGCUCUCCUGCAAAAUCAGUUCGGUCAUUUUCUUUUGCCCGCGCUAAAGCAUCAAGUCGAAUACUACUUCUCUAUCGACAACCUUAUCAGGGAUACCUUUCUCAGGCGGCACAUGGAUUCACACGGCUUUGUCUCUCUACACUUCGUCCUUUCAUUCAGACGCUUACAGGAAAUGACUGAAGAUAUCAACCUCGUCCGUGCUGCUUGUGAAGAUUCAACUGAGAUUGACUACGCUGUUGCGGACGACGGUAUUGAACUUCUUCGUCGUCGAGAUGGCUGGCAAGCCUUUGUUCUGCCAAUCGGCGAUCGAGAUGAAAUGGCCCGUAGGGAAGGUCCUCCCCAGGUUACUUUCAAAAACAGACACUACAACUUUACCAAUGGCCAGUACAAUGCUGCCGUUCACAUGCCAUACGGUACACCCAUGUAUCAUCAUGACCCCUCUCCCCAGCACUUCCAGCCUCGUGACGUCAACGGAGAUACCCCCGUCGGUGCCAGCCAGCUUUCAGCUGCAGUCCCAGAUUUCUCACCUUCUGGAACAAUUCCUCUCGUUGGCCCCGAUGGUCAAACCCAGGUUACCAGCGUUGAAGCUCUCACCAACGGUUAUGCUGAGAAUGCUACCCCACUUGCCAAUGGUGUGCAUGCUGAGGCAUCUCAGGUCACUGAGUCUUGA